CGGCGGAGGUGGCGGCGGAGACGGCCGGCGCCUGGCGCGGAGCCCUAGGGAGGCAGUUCAGCGCGGCCUCCGGCCUGGUCGAGAAGGAUGCUGUCCCGACAGAAAACCAAAAACGAAGUGUCCAAGCCGGCCGAGGUGCCGGGGAAGUACGUGAAGAAGGAGACGUCGCCUCUGCUUCGGAAUCUUAUGCCUUCAUUCAUCCAGCAUGGUCCAAAAAUUCCAGGACGAACUGAUAUCUGUCUUCCAGAUUCAAGCCCUAAUGCCUUUUCAACUUCUGGAGAUGGAGUAGUUUCAAGAAACCAGAGUUUCCUUAGAACUCCAAUUCAAAGAACACCUCAUGAAAUAAUGAGAAGAGAAAGCAACAGAUUAUCUGCACCUUCUUAUCUUGCCAGAAGUCUAGCAGAUGUCCCUAGAGAGUAUGGUUCUUCUCAGUCAUUGGUAACGGAAGUUAGUUUUGCUGUUGAAAAUGGAGACUCUGGUUCCCGAUAUUAUUAUUCAGACAAUUUUGUUGAUGGUCAGAGAAAGCGGCCACUUGGAGAUCGUGCACAUGAAGACUACAGAUAUUAUGAAUACAACCAUGAUCUCUUCCAAAGAAUGCCACAGAAUCAGGGGAGGCAUGCUUCAGGGCUCACAUUUUUUCCUUCCAUUGUGCAGAUAGGCCACUAGAGAGCACUGUACGGCACUGCUUCCUCACACCCUGUGUGAGGUGCUGAAUCUGACCUCUGAUUUCCUCAUUGAGAACCCUCCAGGUUUUGACUUACUUUAAUAGGGCCAGGUACUCUAUAGGGCAUUGUGCCAGAUGCUGGAAACAGAACAACAGAGACAGGACCCACAAAUACAAAGGAACAGAUUGUUCAGAACAACCUGAGACAGGUGUUAAUAAACAGGCAUGUGUCAGCACUACAGGAGUUUAGAGAAUUGCUAACGAUGUGAUUCUGCAGGAAAGGAAAGUGGGAGGUCAUGGAAGAGAAAGCACUCUCAGACUCUGACCAGUCCAGGCUGAAGAAGGUAUGAAAGCUGAAUUUUAGGCUGAGUUUCCUUUUCAUUUUCCCCUUCCUGCCUUAGCAAUGGACCUCCAUACUGGAGGGAACCUGAAGCUAGGAUAUGACAUAGGUUACCCGCAGGAUAUAUAAAAAAUGAUCAGCCUGUACACCCAGGACUGCCCGUGAGAAAUUGCUUUCCUCUGCACUGCAAUAUUCAUUUGUCAUUUAUUGAUUUGAGAAAUAUUUAUUGUCAAGUGUGCCCCAAGCACUCAUUGGUAAAUAAGAUAGCCAUAGUCAGGGUGUGUCCACUUAAAAACUGUAGUCCAGUGGAGACACAAUGAUUGCAACGUAGUGUAAUAAGUCCUGUGAUAAGGCAAGAAGAUGGAACCACACAAGUAUAGAGCAGGGGCACCUGACAAAGACAGGAAGUCAGGGAAGGCUUCAUGGAGGAAGUACUAUUCAAUGAAGACCCCAAGCAGAAUUGGAGGCCACCUAAAAAGGAGUAGGUGUAUUCCAGGUGAAGACAGCACACCCCAGAGGAAAAAAGAAUCCAAUAGGAUUUUAUUUGUGUAUACACAAUUUUGAGAUCUUGCUGUUUUCCACUUACCCAUUUUAUCCUGAGUCUCCAUAUCUUUAACUAUUUUUGAAAACAUGAUUUUAAUAGUUGC